CGCAUCAACUUUCAAAACAAAAAGUUCGAUAUACGCAAAAAUGGCAGCUCGCGAUUUGUAAACGGUAUUUUUGAUCGGUAAAAGUAGUGAUUACGCGGUGAAAACACUCGAUUUCGGGCUACUUUCGAUAAAAGCAAUAGGUGCGGUGUGUUGAUAAGUUUUACGUUUGUUCCAGCUGCGCUGGAAUAGUGAGAAUUUCAUUGAUAUUUUCGAUUGAAUUUCGCUGUGUCGGUCGGAGGCUGCGGAAAGGCGAAAAAUAAAGAAAACACGGACCAUUCAGAAAAAAAUCAAUAACUUUGAUUUUAUACUUUGCGACAACGACGAGAAGUUAAUUUGUCAUGUUGGUGAAAGUUUUCUGUUUCUACGAGCUGUGAAACCGUUUAAUUAACCUGUGUUUAGUGUGAAAAGUUUUCUAAUGUUAUAAUGUCCCAGAGCGCUCCAAGAAGACAUCCACCUAGCGGUGGUAAUCCGGAGGUCAUGGCAGCCAAAUUUGGUGACACCGAAUGGGAGGCUCGGGAGUCACAACGGCAGCGGGAGCUGGAAGAGGCUCGUGCCCGAGCCGCCCAGAUGGAGAAAACCAUGAAGUGGUGGUCCGACUGCACUGCCAACUGGAGGGAAAAGUGGAGUAAGGUUCGAACCGAACGUAACAAAGCCAGGGAGGAAUCGAAACAGUUGCGUACAAAUCUUGAAGCUGCCAUCAAGGAGUCCAACUCUUACAAGCGGGAAAAAUGCGAGCUGGAGAUUCAGAUAUCGCAGUUGAAGAAGGAGAUGGAGAAGGUGCAUAUGUUGAUGAUGAAGCACGCUGGUCAGUUUAACAAAUCCAGCCUGGAUGCAGCCGAUGAACCGGAGCGGGAUGGUCGGGACAACAACUGCUCCCCGGAUAUUUCGUCUGAUGGGUUGAAGAAUGUCAACAGUGAAGAUGGACUGGUGACCAAGGUGAACAAUUUACCGGAUGACUGUGGCCAGGACGAUGUUGACAUCGAAGAGUACAUUCUGCAAAGCGGAGGAGGGGCUGUGCCGAAGAAUUCGUCCGACUUCAAGGACAAAAGUGAUCAGAUGGCCGAAGAGCGCAGAUUGAUACAGCAACUGUCGAAGGAUAAUUACGACGAGGAUUAUUUGCUGCAGAAGGUGUCGAUGUUACAGCUUAGGCUGGAUGAUGCUCAGAAAACCAUUCAAAUCGAGCGAGAGGAGAAAAACAGUAUUCACAAGAACUUUGAGAAGCUGCGCCAGGACAUGCAGGAGCUGCGUGAUAAGUGUGAGGAGCUACGGGCGGCCAAGCAGGACGCCGUCAGGGAAUUGCUCACGUUACAGGAACAGCAUCGCGUUGAGAUGCGCAUCACUAAUAACUCGCUACAGGAAGAAGUCAGCACCCGAGAUAAUCUGGAGCGACGCCUGGCAGAGUUAAGGACUGAGUUGGAGCACAUGCAAGCGGAGAAUGCCGCCGAGUGGGGCAAACGCGAGCGGCUGGAAACGGAAAAGCUCAACCUGGAACGGGAGAACAAGAAACUCCGUGCCGAGUGUCAGGAUCUGCAGGAGCGCCUGGAGCGGAAGGGUCGACCUCCGGCAAGCAAUUCGGACAUUGAAUUCCACGCCGUCCAGCAGGAGCUGCUGGAUCGAAACAAGGAGAUAACCGAACUCCGACACUCUCAUAGCAAAAUCAAAAAGCUACUGUCGGACGCCAACACCGAACUGGGUCAUGCGGUGCGGCGUGCCGAGCAGUAUGAAUCGGAAGUAAAGCGAUUGCGUUCCCGAGUGGAGGAGCUAAAGCGGGAACUGGCCGGAGCCGAGGAUGAGCUUGAUUCAGCGUGCAAUCACGUCCGGCGAUUGCAGCGCACCAACGAGGAGCUGUCCGGACAGACUGAGGGUUUGCAGGUUCAAAUUCAACAUCUACAGACAAGUAACAGUCCAAAAAACUUACAAGAGCUGGGCAACUAUAAGGCCACCAACAAGUCCAACUUCACCUCCAACUCCAACUACAAACCGAACAUAAACGAUCUGAAGCAACUGUUCGACAACAAUCGACACUAUGGCGGUGGUGGCAAUCAGUCAGCCUCGGGAAAAUCCCGAUCCGGGCAACCGAUUCCGGAUCCGGCCCCUUUCCUGUCCGGUUCCUAUUACGACGCUAAACCUAGCUACAUAGACGGCGACGCCGCUGUCAAGGACAAAUCCCUUAACAAUAUGUUCGACUUUGAGCGUGCCAAACAAAAAUUCGACAACAUCAGUCGCUCGGGUGGCCCCGGUGGAAGCAACUCGAAACGUGGCCAGAGCAGCAAAUCCGGUUCCGGUAUUCCGAAGCGGCAGUCCAGCUCCUCGGCUUCGGUCAUGACCGGGUCCGGUACCAAUACGAAUUGUUCCAGUUCCGGCGGUGGAGGUAUGGGAUCGUUUUACGAUUGUAACAAUGAUAGCAUUCCGCUGCUUCCGAAACGGGAUGCACUGAAUGAUAGCAUUCAGUUUUUCGACAAUGAUUCCCGCGGUGGUGGAGUUGGAGGUGGACUAAGUCAGCGAUUGAACAUUACCAAAAUGAACAACAUCAAUCUGGACGGGCUAAAGAUGUCCGAGGAUGAUGAAACUCCGUAGUUACGGUUCGACCAGCCUCCUGUCCGCCAACGAAGACAACAGCGAUAAUGAUUGAUCCACAGCCAGCAUCCGGAUGCCAGCAAAAGCCAUUCAUAAGAUGGUAGAUUGUCCAAUCGAGGGACAUUAAAUUGUACGAUCACGAAAAGAAGCAGCACUUACAGAUAUCUACAGAUGGAGUUAGCAUUUAAACGACCAUGAUUCUCAUUCAGUAUACCUACAAUACUUAACUAGUGUAUGUAUUUCUAUGAUUUGUCCUCCUGCAGUGGAAAUGAUACUAGGAUUAUUUGUUUUAUUUUUUUUACUAUGCUAUUUUAAAAUCAAAAGCAAUUUUUGCUAAAUUCCAGGCAAUAGUAUUACAUACAACACAAUCACAAAAUAGAGUUUAAGAAAACGAACUCAAAAUUAUUCAUAACAACAAAAUCAUAUGUAAACGAAUCAAAAUUUUACGGAAGAACUUUAAAAAGGUGUGAUUUAUGUUUUAGAAUUUUUUAAUUUUUGUUUUUGUCAACCUGUUGAUUUUAUUCAGAGUUUAGAUUAAGGAAUACAUUCUACGCUGCAGCAAAAAGUUUAGCAGAUAAUCAACACAGAAUCUGAAUGGCGCAGAUUAAUUAAAGAGAUAACUCAA